GGCCGGCCGCGCACGGUGCCGACGCGCCUGGCGGCUGUGGGUAGGGAGCGGCCGCCGCAGCUCGGUGGGGCCGACGAAGGGAAGGGCGGCCAUGGACAGGUUCUCGUGGACCACGGGGCUGCUGGAGCUGGGGGAGACGCUGGUGGUCCAGCAGCGCGGCGUGCGCCUCAGCGACGGGGAGGAGAAGGUGAAAUUUGAUAGUGGAAUUUUACUGCUUAGCACGCACAGACUGAUCUGGAGGGAUCAGAAGAAUCAUGGGUUGUUUGCAGGAAUAGCAGAAAUAUUUUUAGUACAAAUGUCUCAAAAUGCCCAGGGUGGGGUUACUGUUCACAAAGAUUUCUUCUCUUUCCUUUACCUUUUUCUUAGUGCCAAAAUAGUAGUUCAUCUUCACCCUGCUUCUUCAAACAAAGAGCCUGGUCCAUUCCAAAGCAGCAAAUAUUCCUACAUCAAGCUUUCUUUCAAAGAACAUGGGCAGAUUGAGUUCUAUAGGCGAUUAUCAGAAGAAAUGACACAAAGGAGAUGGGAGAGCAUGCCUACUGGUCAAGCCAUGCAAGUUAACAAGGAUACACAGGCAGGAAGAAUAAGGGCUGUAGGAAUUGUAGGGAUUGAAAGGAAAUUAGAGGAAAAAAGAAAAGAGACUGACAAAAACAUUUCUGAGGCUUUUGAGGAUCUUAGCAAACUAAUGGAGAAGGCUAAGGAGAUGGUGGAGUUAUCCAAGUCAAUAGCUAAUAAGAUUAAAGAAAAACAAGGUGACAUUACUGAGGAUGAGACUAUCAGGUUCAAGUCCUAUCUACUGAGUAUGGGUAUAGCUAAUCCAGUUACUAGGGAAACAUAUGGAUCGGGUACACAGUACCACAUGCAACUGGCAAAGCAACUAGCUGGAAUACUGCAGACACCAUUAGAGGAACGAGGAGGGAUCAUGUCGCUCACGGAAGUGUACUGUCUGGUGAAUCGUGCGCGAGGGUUAGAGUUGCUGUCACCAGAAGAUUUAGUAAAUGCUUGUAAAAUGCUGGAAUCACUGAAAUUGCCAAUAAGGCUUCGGAUAUUUGACAGUGGUGUGAUGGUGAUUGAACUCCAGUCUCAUAAUGAAGAGGAAAUGGUAGCUUCUGCUUUAGAAACAGUAUCUGAAAAGGGUUCUCUCACAGCUGAUGAGUUUGCUAAGCUGGUGGGGAUGUCUGUUCUCUUAGCCAAAGAAAGGCUGCUUCUUGCUGAAAAGAUGGGCCAUCUUUGCAGAGACGAUUCAGUGGAAGGCUUGAGAUUCUACCCAAAUUUAUUUCUGACACAAAGCUAAUGUCAUUUGUGUACAAUUUUUUAUGUAACAGUUGAGAGCAGAGGGCAGAAUCCUUCCAAGAACUGACUUAAAUAUUUUAUUUUGUUAGUCAGCUGCAACAAACACGAACAUUGCAAUGCUUUACAGUUCUCAGGUAUUUCAAGUGCUGAAUCCUCUUACAUGGAACUGAAAGGAAGUAGAAAUCACAAAGUCAGAAGC